GGAAAAGAACCGAACUUCCCAUCACUAUGGGGAGUUCAGCCAAAAUGUGCGACAAAGGCGCCUCCUUUAUUGUCUCGUUAAGAUGACGCAGAAGUUUUGUCCCCUGCACCCUGAUCCCUUCUGAGUGAAAGUCAGUCGUGUUCUCCUCUCCUCUUCCGUCUCCCGAACAGACUUUCGCUUUUAGUUUCUGUCACGAGCUUGUGGAAUGGCGUCUAGUUCAGGAAACAGAAGUCAGCAAAGACAACACAAAGAUCUCCCCGACAAGGAAGUUCAAAGAGGAUGUGGAAGUAUAUCUCUUGAGCAACCUAAUAUGAGUGAUUUGAGGAUUGUUCUGCUGGGGAAGAAUAUAACAGAAAACAACAGAGUGGGAAACUUCAUCUUAGGAAGAGCGGCAUUUGAGAGUGAAGCACCUGCUGAUGUAGAGCUGAACAUUGAGAAACACAGAGGAAAACUGAAGGACAGAGACGUCACAGUCAUCAACACUCCUCACCUGCUGAGGCCAAAUCUGUCAAUCACUCAGAUCACACAGGGAGUGAAAGAGUGUGUGAAUCUGUCUGCUCCUGGACCUCAUGUGAUCAUACUUGUACUGCAGCAGAACGACUUCAGUGACAAUGACAGAAAUAGGGUGAAAUAUGUGCUGAAUGAAUUCAGUAAGGAGGCUCCUAUACACACUUUAGUGUUGACUGAUGAGAGAGAGAUAAACAGUAGCUGUAUUCAUCAAUUAAUAAAGGAUUGUGGAGGUGAACAUCUUCAGUUUGAUGAAAGAAAAUCAGGUUUACACUCUGAGAUACUUGAAAGAGUGGAGAAGAUACUCAAAGAAAACCAGGUCCAAUUUCUUAUCUCUGACUUGUAUGAGGAAGCAGGAGAAGAAACACCAGAAGAUGGAGAGAAGAGGAGAUCUGGAGGUUCAGUCACAGCAGAAGAAGAGGGAGAUUUUGAUCAUGAGGAUGAUGGAAAAAUCAAACAGAGAAACAAAGAGAAAAAGGAAGUCGCUGUCCAAAGGAAAACCUUGUUCAUGGCAUCCUCCAGUGUUCCAGCACUAAAUCAGGAAUUCCAGUGCUCCAUCUGUCUGGAAGUGUUCACUGAUCCAGUCACCACUCCAUGUGGACACAACUUCUGCAGAACCUGCCUGAGCAAGUGCUGGACAAACACACAGACCUGCUUCUGUCCAUUCUGUAAAGAAGAAUUCAGCAAAAGACUUGAUUUCAAGAUUAAUUCAACACUCAAAAAGCUUGUGCAACACUUUAAUAAGCUUAAUCAAGAAUCUGAGGUGUUCUGUGACUUCUGUGAUGAAAGAAAGCAGAAAGCUGUGAAGUCCUGCCUGACGUGUCAAAGCUCUUACUGUGAUGAUCAUCUGGAGCUUCAUCUCAGAGUCCCACGUCUAAAGAAACACACACUGAUCAACGCUGUGGCAAAUCUGGAGGAUUAUAUAUGCCAGAAACACGAGAGACCUCUGGAGAUGUUCUGCAGAGAUGAUCAGACGUGUGUUUGUCUGUUCUGCACUGAAGGAGAACACAGGACUCACAACACUGUUCCUAUAGAGGUGGAGAGCAGAGAGGAGAAGACACAGACAGACGAGCAGCAGAUGAUCCAGAAGAGAAUGAAGAAGAUUAAAGAGAUCAAACACUCAGUAAAGCUGAGAAAAACUCUCGCCUCCAGUGAUGGUUUCCUUACUUCAUCUCGAACCAUCCACAUUUCAAACGGGAUGAUUAUUGGUCUGGGUGUCCUGCUGGUAGCAGUGUUGAUCAUCUUGCCUAUACAAUACACCAUGUACUCAUCCCUGAACAGUAUUUUACACACCAAGAACUCUGAUGUGGACGAGAAAUCUCUGAAAAGAGCUCUGAAUCUACUGAAGGAACAACUAAAUGAAAAACUCAAUCAAACUGAGUUGAAGUUUGUGCAGAAGUUUGCAGUGGAUGUGACUCUGGAUCCUGAUACAGCACAUCCAUAUCUCAUCCUGUCUGAUGAUGGAAAACAAGUCAGUACUGGAGACAUUUACAAGAACAUCCCAAGAAACCCAAAGAGAUUUGAUGGCUGGUUUUGUGUUCUGGCAAAGCAGGGAUUCAGUUCAGGGAGAUUUUACUAUGAGGUGCAGGUGAAGGGAAAGACUGAACUGGGACUUUUAGGAGUGGAUCAGAGAAUCCAUUUACAGGAAGGGGACUCACACUGGCCGAGUCCUGAGAAUGGAUUACUGGACUGUGUGAAACCUGAGAAGGUGGGAGUGUUUGUGGAUUAUGAGGAGGGUCUGGUCUCUUUUUAUGACGUGGACUCCAGAUCUCAUAUCUACUCUUUCACUGGUCAGACUUUCACUGACAAACUCUAUCCAUAUUUUAGCCCACGCCUUAAUGAAGAAGGUAAAAACUCAAAGCCACUGAUCAUCACACCUGUCAACUGA